GCAGAGUAGAGUAGAGUACAACAUACGGUACCAGCUUAGUGUAGUGGAAAGCAGAGAAAGACAAGGAAAGGGACAGAGGGUGAGCAUAAGGGACGACGUAAGGUGGAAGGUGGCGGUGGAAGUUAGCGUGGCUGCCUAAAGAGGAAGGCUGCGGGAAGGCUGCGAAGGGUCCCUGCUACUAUUUCUCCUACGUCUACAGCAGUACUUGCUGGUACUUGAGCCGAGGGAGCGAGCAACGGGGCACAACUCAUAACUCAACUCGUCCUGAUCUGGUGCGGCACUCAUAGUGUCGCAGUCUGUCUGGUCUGCAGCUGCUAGUUGCUGCAGAGCGGAUCGCCCUUCGCUCUACGCUGAUUCUACUGUCUCCUCCCCUCUCCUCUCCCCUUUCUCAUCCAUCCCCUGCCGAGCUGUAGCAGCCGCAGCAGGAGGCUCAGCCAGCCCCCUUCCCCCAGAGAAAUCGCGUCGACAUGCGUUGAGUGAAUACCGCAGACAACAGAUCGAAACACAGUCAGUGCAGUCGACUGGAGUCAAGUUGAGUUGUGCCCUCCCUCCCUGGCUCACUUCCGUGACCUCAUCUGUACAACGUGCUCAACCUCCAGAGUGAGCGAGCGAGAGAGAAGAGGGAGAGAGAGCAAGCGUGAAAGCAUCGUGGCCUGGCGGGAUCCCGGCUCACAUCAGCCAGCAGGUUGGUCUGGUUUGCAACAUCAAUCAAACGAGUGUAAGUAGUGAGAUUUACAGCUGAGCUGGUUGUCGAGCAGGCAACGGCAGGAGACAGAGACUCAGAGAGAGAGAUUGCGUGAGCUCAGUCUUGGGGCUGUGCUGCCUCUUUAUUGCGUUGUUGUGGACGAGGCAUCGGGUGGAGCGAGGAGGAGCUUGAGCUAGAAGCUACUGCGAGGCUUCGGAAGAGGGGGAGGGGCGCAAGUAGCUUGCUGCUGGGGCUGCGGUCGGUGGGCGUGAUUUGGGGGCAGGUCGUUAGACCGGCGAAGAUGGUACAUGUCGAGACGGUGUUCGAAGACAGGACGAUAAUCUAGAUUCGGAGAAGAACUCGACGUCGUUUCAAGAAUCCGAAGUAUCGUUCGCUCUUUUCGCAACAUAGCUAGACGGCUCGGUGGAAUUACGGUCGUGAAAGGUCUCAAUUGAAAUUCUGCGUGGGGAUUUUUCCGUGGAUUGAAGGAAGCGAUGAAAAUGUUGCGGAGGAGUGCGGGGGCAGUGUUGGCGCUUUCGAAUUUUCUUCUGGUCAUGGUGGCGGGCUUGGUGGACAACAAGAGAGGCGAGGUUUUCGCAGUGGGAGGUGCUGCAGGGUGGAGGGUGCCGCAGAGCGGCAAGGUGAACUACACCGAGUGGGCGUCCAUGCUGUCGACUCUGAAUGUGGGCGACACACUACUGUUCACGUAUCCGACGGGGGAGCACAACGUGGUGCAAGUGGGCGAGGAGGACUUCGGCAGAUGCAAGGCCAUAAGCCCCAUCGCGACAUACACGGACGGGCAAACUCUGGUGAAUCUGCCCAAGGAAGGGCGAUACCACUUCAUGUGCAGCUUCCCGAGGCAUUGUCUUCUAGGUCAAAAGUUCAUGGUCGACGUGGUGGUCCCGUCGUUCCGAGCUCCAGCUCCAGCCCCGCUGUCCGGAAACUCCGACCCGCACAUCGGAGGCCCGAAGAACAGCCCCAUGCCCAACGCCGCGUCCGGCCCGGACUCUGCCUUCGCGCCCGUGGCCUCUUUGAGCAUCUCCCCCGCGCCGUCGGCGUUUGGUCCCUCGGCUCCUAAUCCCGACAACUCUGCUCGGGCGAUGCGAGUGCGAGUGCUCGCUCUGGCUGUGUUCUCUCUCAUGAGCUUCUUUUUCAUCUAAUCCGAAUCUAAGUGCCACGAUCGAAAUCUACGAAGGGACUGAUUGAUUGCCCUCGGCCUAGAGUCUAAUCCAUCGAUCCCACCUCGCUCAGGUCUCGGUAACGAAGCCUAUUUUUGACCCCUGUAGCUCUAGAUACUUAAAUAAUACCUAGUUUUUAAGCUUCGGCCAGGAAACGUCGAAGAACUCAAAUGUAUGAUAGUUUUGAGAAGGAAGUUAAUCACACGCGUGUGAAAUCAUCCCCGAUGACAAUGUACUCACAUUCUUUAGGAUACCCACCUAUUUUGAGAGCUGGGUGACAAACACUGUCAGCAAUUUUCAAUCAAGAGCUUUAUCUUUC